AAUCAAAUUGUGCCCUUAGUUGUUACACUGGCAGCAGCAAAAGGAAGAAAAAUCGAAUUGAAGGCAAAGAGCGCAAUUUCGAGGCUCUCAUCCCAUACUCAUUCAUGGGAUCGUUCCCCUCUUCCCUUCUUCUUCUCUUCUUUUUCUUCUUCUUCUUCUUCUUCUCUUCGUCACUCUCCAAUCCCCAUGACCCUCUCACACUCAAAGGUGUUGGUAUUGAAAACCCGGUUGUGGAGGUCACCCCUUCCGUGCUUUUAGGGCACUCGGAUUCUCAAGGUGCUAAGGACACUUUACGAUGUGAGCGUGUUCGAGUUUCGGGUAAAUCCAGGCUCAAACUUGGGAGCUACGCUAAUGCGUUGCAUGUUACUUUGGCUCCGUCUGUUUCGAUUCCGGAGAAGUUGCAUAGCAGAAUUCAGGUUUGUUUCCACAGGAAUGAUAAACUUGGAUGGUGUCAGUGCAAAAAGGAUGAAUGGAUGAGUGUGCAAAAGGGGGUCUGGAAUGGUGUUAUGUCACCUUAUCAAACCAGAUACGUUGAUGUGAGGAUCAGUGGAGAAAUAUCGGGUUCUGUUACAGUUGCUCUUGAAGAAGAAUUUCAGCAAUGGCGCCUCAUUUGUCUUGCGGUGGGAUUGAUACUGCUGUUGUUGGCUCCAAUUGUUAGCAGUUGGGUUCCGUUUUAUUAUAGCACGUCAAUGGCUAUAGGGAUCUUUCUUGUCAUUAUAAUCAUUCUUUUUCAGGGUAUGAAAUUAAUGCCAACUGGAAGAAAAAAUAUCUUAUACCUUACCAUAUAUGGAUCAGUGGUUGGAGCAGGGUCAUUCCUUUUGCACCAAUUCUCUUUGAUCUUAAAUUCAAUUUUUCAGAGCCUUGGGCUGAGUGAGGAGAUGCACAAUUCAGUUGCUGUUUUUGUAAUACUGGGUAUCAUCUUGGCUGGAGCUGCUUUAGGCUACUGGAUUGUUAGGAGGUUUGUUAUUUCAAAAGAAGAUGGUAGUGUGGAUGCUGGGGUUGCUCAGUUUGUGAAAUGGGCAAUGUACAUUGUCGGAACCACUUCCAUUUUGCAGAGCACUCUUGAUCCUCUUCUAGCAAUUCCUCUUCCAGCAAUUGGAGCUUUGAUUUAUUGUGGAGCUGCUUGCAAACUUUUUUCUGCGAUAAAACUGUUUCAUGGAUGGUAUGAAAGUUCAGGAAAUGAUGACUAUUCGCUGCAACGGUUGAGAGGAAGACCUGGUCGGGCAGAAUUUCUUAGCAAGUCAACCCCUAAAGGAAAACAAUGGAAAAGCCCUAAAGGAAAAUUGUGGAAUAGCCCUAAAAAAUCAGCAUGGUCCGAUUCUCCUGUGCGAGGUGUUGUAUCACCAUAUUCUGGGAUUUCGUCACAAUCUUCAGGGACUCAAACAGGGCAGGAUUAUUAUUCAACCUUCCACAAGACCCGCAACAGAAAGAAGUUCACAAAGCAAGAGUGGGAUGAGUUUACAAGAGAAUCCACAAAGCAGGCACUAGCAGAAUGGGCAGCUUCUCCAGAAUUCACUGAUUGGAUUGUUGAGCACGCAGAUCGGAUUAAAGUCCUUCCAAGUGAGAGUUCAGACGAGACAAUGGGAAGUGAAUCGGAUUCCACGGAUCUAGGAAGUGGAAGUGGAUAUCGGCUUUUUAAUUGGCAGUGACUUGUGAAUUAGAAGUAGAGUGUAUUAACCUGCAGAAAUAGUGAAUUAGGGAGCAAUCACAAUUUGACAAGAAUGUUUUAGGUACGAGUUUAGUUUUAACCGGCGCUGUAGAUAGUUUUAUUUCUAUGCCCGGAUUUUUCAAACUGCAAAGCCUGGGCAAUCUACGAAAUUUUAUUGUAGCAUAGUUUGUUUUUCCCUGCAAUGUUUUUGUUGCUUCUCUUAUGUUAUUUCUAGUUUGUAGUAGUGUGUAAUUCUUUUUAAAUGUUUAUUAUUAGUUGGAUUUCGAUUAUCAAGUGUCUUUGGA